CCGUGAUACCCUAUUACCCCAUGAAAACAACAACCCCGCAAAACUGCUCCAUGAUCCGGGGAAAUUCGGGGCACUAGUCCGGGCCGAUGCACACCUAUUAGCUAACGGUUUCCUCCACAAUCAAUAAAGUCUGAGUUUUAACUCCUGCACUUCGACGCCACUGCAUAUGGGAAACAAUAUGGUGGUAAUGAUGGGUUAACUAUUACCUAAAUGUUGAGACGCGGCUCGAGAGAUGCAAAGGGAAGAAAAUUCUGCAGAAUGCAGAGAGACUGUAUCUAUAAAAGGCCGCUAUGCCAAGUCUUGAGGCUCAAUCUUUUUUUUAGGACGACUUAAUAAAAUUCGAAAGCCUGAGAAUUAUCGAAAAGCUGUACAGAAAACAUCAUGGCCGCCAAAAGCAUUGAAGAGAUCCGCUCUCACUCACCGAGCCCUUCGGCUUCGGGCUUGGGUCAACGCAUCGGCAAUCCUUCCCCAUUGGCCAUGGGUACCUUCGCAACUACGCUUCUCACUUUGUCUUUGUCUAUGAUGGGCUUCCGUGGAGUUGAGACUCAGACCAUCUUCAUUGGCAACCUUUGCUUCGCCGCUGGCCUUUGCAUGUUUGUCUCUGCUCAGUGGGAGAUGGCCCGCGGUAACACCUUCGGUUACUCUGCGUUGAGCGCCUAUGCUGUUUUCUAUGGUGGUUACGGCGUCAUCCUGUGCCCAUCGCUUGGUGUUCUUGAGUCGUAUGGCGGGCCGACGCCCGAGUAUCACAACGCUCUGGGAUUCUACGUUCUGAUUUGGGCAGUCUUGACACUGUUUUUCAUGCUUGGAUCAGCUCCUAUUAAUCUUGUCUCCUUUGGCAUCUUUACCACUAUCUUCUUCUGCUUCACCCUUGACGCGGCCUCCAACUUCGCCCAUGCUGAUGGAAAGGUCGAGGUUGCAAAGAACCUCAUGAAGGCUGCCGGUGCCUUUGGUUUUGUCUCCGGUCUUUUGGGAUAUUACAGCUGUGCUGCCGCUAUGUGUGCGGAUGCACUUCCAUUUGAGCUGCCUUGCGGGGAUACGUCAAGAUUCUUCAAGAAGACUCGCAAGCAAUUGUGAUUCCUUGUAGGGGGAUAUCAUAGGGAUUGGGAGAGAAAUAAUAUAUGUGAUCAAAAAGUUUUAUGAAUAGAAUGAUGUCAAGUUUGAUAAGGCCACCG